AAACACGUAAACACGACUCGUCCAGGACGGAGCGUUGUCAUCUGUCAUUACAAAGCAUUUUGCGAGUGGAACAAAAUCUACAAAAUCAGCUUAAUUUACGGAAAAACUCCCGUCUAACGUUGUUUUCUACUGCUCGUUUAUUUCUAAGCUCGUGAAAAUGGUCCUAGAAAGUACAAUGAUGUGCUUUGAUAACAGCGAUUAUCAACGGAAUGGCGAUUAUUUCCCAACCCGUCUGAACGCACAAAAGGAUGGCGUAAAUUUGGUUUGUUUGUCGAAGGUUCGUUCGAAUCCGGAAAACAACGUCGGAUUGAUGACGCUUUCGAAUACGACCGAAGUGCUGGCCACGUUGACCAGCGAUGUUGGCCGGAUCCUGUCCAAGCUGCACCUGGUCAAUCCGGCUGGGAAUAUCAAUCUACUGACCGGAUUGAGGAUUGCACAUCUGGUAUUGAAGCAUCGUCAAGGUAAGAACCACAAAAUGCGGAUUGUUGUCUUCGUUGGAUCACCGGUCAAUCACGAUGAAGCCGAUUUGGUGAAACUUGCCAAAAAGCUGAAGAAAGAGAAGGUCAACGUGGACAUCGUGAGCUUCGGAGAUCACCAAAAGAACAAUGAUAUUUUCAAUUCUUUCAUCAACGUUCUGAAUGGAAAGGAUGGCACCGGAUCGCACCUGGUGUGUGUUCCGCGAGGCUCUGCCCUGUCGGAGGCACUUAUUUCAUCUCCCAUUAUCCAAGGUGAAGAUGGUACAGGAGGAGCUGGUCUCGGUGGUGCCGGUUUCGAGUUUGGUGUCGAUCCUAAUGAAGAUCCCGAGCUGGCUCUUGCUUUGCGAGUGUCCAUGGAAGAGCAGCGCCAACGUCAGGAAGAAGAGCAACGACGUGCUCAAGGUAGUUCCGAAGGGGGCGCUCAGGAAGGAACAUCCUCCUCCGGAGGAACUGCAUCGGCUAGCCAACCGAAUUCGGAGGAAGCUUUGCUGGAGAGGGCACUAGCUCUGUCAACUGACGACGCAAUGCCCGAUUUUGCAAACAUGACCGAAGAGGAACAGAUUGCUUUUGCCAUGCAGAUGUCGAUGCAGGAUGCUCAGCAAGAGGCUCCCAUUUCUCAACCAGCUAAGCGUCAAAAGAAAGAUGAAACACCGAUGGAAGUCGACGAGGACAUUAACGAAGUGAUCACCGAUCCGGAAUUCCUGCAGAGUGUGCUUGAGAACUUGCCAGGCGUUGAUCCGCAUUCGGAAGCCAUUCGUGACGCUGUUGGAUCAUUGAAUAAGGACAAGAAGCAAUCCGAUAAGGAAGGCGAGGAUAAGAAAUAAAUCUCUCGCUAUAAUUCUAAAUCAUUUAUAUAUUUGCUUAAGCCUCAAUUGAUAACAUUUUCAACUGAAUAAAUACAUGAUGUAUCGAUA